AUUCCCCUCCGUCCCUCCCUCAUCUCUCUUCUAAGUUCUCACCUUUUACCUCACUUGUUCCUCCACUCCUCCUCUCCGACGCUUCCAUGGCCUUAGCCGAUAUUUCUCCUUUCCAUACGAGAGCCCAAACCCUCCCGUCCAACCUUGCUUCCAAGUUCGCAAACCCUCUUCACGCUUACAAGAAUUGCCGGUGCUCUGUUUUGCCUCCACCUCGCCGGCCGCUGGGAAUCCUCUGCUCCGUAGCACCAAACCAAGUCCAGGCUCCGGUCGUCCCCGCCGCCCCGGCUGGCGCUGAGAACAAGAGAGAAUGCUUCGGUGUGUUCUGUACUACAUAUGACCUCAAGAAGGAUGAGAAGACAAAGUCGUGGAAAAGUUUAAUUAAUAUUGCAGUUUCAGGUGCAGCUGGGAUGAUAUCUAACCAUCUACUUUUCAAGCUUGCAUCUGGUGAAGUUUUUGGGCCGGAUCAACCUAUUACUCUGAAAUUGUUGGGAUCUGAAAGAUCAUUUCAAGCUCUUGAAGGAGUGGCCAUGGAGUUGGAGGACUCUCUGUAUCCUCUGUUGAGGGAGGUAAGCAUAGGCAUAGAUCCUUACAAGGUGUUUCAAGAUGCAGAAUGGGCACUCCUGAUUGGGGCAAAGCCCCGUGGUCCUGGAAUGGAACGGGCUGGAUUACUAGAUAUUAAUGGGCAAAUUUUUGCAGAACAGGGAAAAGCACUCAAUGCAGUAGCAUCCCGCAAUGUCAAAGUGAUGGUCGUUGGAAAUCCAUGCAAUACAAAUGCACUUAUUUGUUUAAAGAAUGCACCAAACAUUCCUGCAAAAAAUUUCCAUGCCUUGACAAGAUUGGACGAAAAUAGAGCCAAAUGCCAGCUAGCCCUCAAAGCAGGUGUAUUUUACGAUCAAGUGUCAAACAUGACCAUAUGGGGAAACCACUCAACCACUCAGGUUCCUGAUUUUUUAAAUGCUAAAAUCAAUGGCAUUCCUGUAAAGGAAGUUAUCACCGAUACCAAGUGGUUACAGGAAGAGUUCACUGAAAGAGUUCAGAAGCGUGGAGGUGUGCUUAUCCAAAAAUGGGGAAGGUCUUCUGCUGCAUCAACUGCCGUCUCAAUUGUGGAUGCCAUGAGGUCCCUUAUCACACCCACUCCCCCAGGGGAUUGGUUCUCUUCAGGGGUUUAUACUAAUGGCAAUCCUUAUGGCAUCGUGGAGGACAUUGUAUUCAGCAUGCCGUGUAGAUCAGAGGGAAAUGGUGAUUAUGAACUAGUCAAGGAGGUAAAUUUUGAUGAUUACCUCUGGAAACGUAUAAAAAAGACUGAAGCUGAGUUGCUUGCCGAGAAAAGAUGUGUAGCCCAUCUUACUGGAGAGGGUAAUGCAUUCUGCGAUCUUCCGGAGGACACUAUGCUCCCAGGAGAGCAGUAAGAUUAGUGAGAGAUGGCAUUUAAUAAUAUGGUGAAGAAAACCAUUAGCAGGAGUACAAGGCCAUCGAAAGCUGCUUAUUGCUAUGAUUUGUGUAUGUAUAAGUGGCCAUGUGGCUUCAUUCAAAUUGCAGAUGUUGUACCACAAAAUUAAGAGUCUUCUGCUACUAUUUGCUUCCUGGGAUGCACAUGAAAGGAAAUAAGGAUGGCUGUGAUUUCCCAGAAAGAUAUUUUCUAUUAUUUAUGUAAUUUAUACAAAUGCAAUACAGCUUUUGGGAGGAAUGCUUCUCUUGUCCCUCUCAUAUUAAAAUAUAAAUUAAUAAAUGUUUGUAUUUAUCAA